UCCACCCACUUUCACUCUUCUUCUUUCUUUUCUUCUUCUUAUCGUACUCUUCCCCCUUUUUCUCAUCUAAUAUUCUCCAAAACCUCUGCGUAAACAUUGGAGGGUGGCAUAACAACCUUAAAGGUGAAUGAGAUUAAUGUAGAUGAAACAAUACAAGAGGAGCAAAAUACUGAGGUUGAAGUGAAGGAUGAGAUCAAAAAAAGGGUGGAAGCUAUAAGAUCGUUGUUGGAUUCAAUGGAAGAUGGAGAAAUAUCAGUGUCUGCCUAUGACACAGCAUGGGUUGCUCUUGUUGAAGAUGUUAAAGGAAGUGGUUCUCCUCAAUUUCCAAAAAGCCUUGAAUGGAUUUCAAACAACCAACUCCCUGAUGGUUCUUGGGGUGACAGUCAAGUAUUCUCAGCCCAUGAUCGAAUCCUCAACACCUUAGCUUGUGUGGUUGCAUUAAAAACAUGGAAUAUGCAUCCUGAACAAUGUGACAAAGGAAUGAAAUUCUUCAAAGAGAACCUUGAGAAGCUUCAGGAUGAGAAUGAUGAACACAUGCCAAUUGGGUUUGAAGUAGCUUUCCCUUCACUUAUGGACAUAGCGCGUAAGCUGAACAUUGAAGUGCCUGAGGAUUCACCUAUAUUAAAAGAAAUUUAUGCCAAGAGAAACUUAAAACUAACCAGAAUACCAAGAGAAGUGAUGCAUAAAGUGCCCACAACUCUUUUACAUAGCUUGGAAGGGAUGUCAGGCUUGAAUUGGAAACAGCUUCUAAAACUUCAAUCUCAAGAUGGCUCAUUCUUGUUCUCUCCAUCUUCCACUGCCUUUGCUCUCAUGCAAACCAAAGAUCACAAUUGCCUCUCUUAUUUGAAUAAAGCCAUUAAUAAGUUCAACGGUGGAGUUCCAAAUGUGUAUCCAGUGGAUUUGUUUGAACAUCUUUGGACGGUAGAUCGACUGCAGCGCCUCGGGAUAUCGCGAUAUUUUGGCCAACAUAUCAAAGACUGUUUGAGCUAUGUUUUCAAUUAUUGGACUGAGAAAGGUAUUUGUUGGGCAAAAAAUUCGAGUGUUCAAGAUAUUGAUGACACAGCAAUGGGUUUCAGAUUACUAAGACUACAUGGGUAUAAAAUGUCAGCCAAUGUGUUUAAGAACUUCCAAAGAAACGGUGAAUUUUUCUGCUUUGCUGGGCAAUCAACACAAGGGUUGACUGGAAUGUUCAAUCUAUAUAGAGCAACACAGUUGAUGUUCCCUGGAGAAGAGAUUCUUGAGAGUGCAAAGAGUUUCUCCGAAAAGUUUUUGAGGGAAAAACGAGAGUCAAAUCAGCUAGUUGAUAAAUGGAUCAUAAUGAAGAAUUUGCCAGAAGAGGUGGCAUAUGCUUUGGACAUCCCAUGGUAUGCAAGCUUGAAUAGAGUGGAGACAAAAUUCUACAUUGAUCAAUAUGGUGGUGAGAGUGACAUUUGGAUUGGCAAAACUCUUUACAGGAUGCCAAUUGUGAACAACAACCACUAUUUGGAGCUAGCUAAAUUAGAUUACAACAACUGCCAAGCUGUCCAUCUAACAGAAUGGGAAAAAAUUCAGAAGUGGUACUCAAAUUUGAAAUUAGCAGAAUUUGGACUGAGCAAAAACUCUCUGCUAUUGGCAUACUUUUUGGCGGCAGCCAGCAUUUAUGAACCUGAAAGGUCCCACGAGAGGCUUGCAUGGGCCAAGACCACCGCAUUGCUUGAAACAAUAGCAUCCUAUGUUACGGACGACGAUGCUGAUUCAAGAAAAGAUUUCGUCACAAAAUUCACUCAAUGCUUUGACAAAUGUGACAAUUCUGUUGGAUGGAGGUUGAAGAAGAAUAGAACAGGACAAGAACUUGCUCAGACUUUAGUUGCGGAUAUAGAUCAAAUUUCUUGGGAUAUAUUCGUAUCUCAUGGUCAUGAAAUUGGAUAUGACAUGCUUCAUGCAUGGAAAAAAUGGCUUUCAAGUUGGCAAAUAGAAGGGAACAAUUGCGAAGGAAAAGCAGGGCUAUUGGUGCAUAUAAUAAACCUAAGCGGUGGACAUUGGAUCUCAGAGGAAGAGCUAAGCUUCAAUCCACAGUAUCAGCAUUUGCUCCAAUUAACCAACUCAGUGUGUCACAAGCUCUAUUCUUUCCAAAAGGACAAG